UAGACGGUGUUUCAGUACUGACACGCCCCUUGCCAAAGCAGCAAGUUCCGUGUACAACUGUUAGCGCAAGCUCGAUUGUUGCCAAUGACAGCCUCAAGACGCCUCCUGUAUAGAGAAACUAGUGGCGUGCAUUGCUCAGGUGUGAUUUUGGCCCAUUCUUCCACAGAGUCUUUAAAUCUUGAAAGUUCUGUUGGCUUCUUCUUUGAAACUCUGAUCUUCAGUUCUUAUUUUCUGUUGGAUUCAAGUCAGGUGAUUGGCUGGGCCAUUCUAGCAGCUUUAUUUUCUUUUUCUGAAACCAACUGAGAGUUUCCUUGGCUGUGUUUGGGAUCAUCGUUUUGCUGAAAUGUCCACCCGUUUCAUCGUCAUCAUCCUGGUACUGUAGGUGUUAAUAUUAAUUUCCACUGAAAAGGGGCAGGAUUGCUUUCUAAUUUCUGAUGGAUUUCAGAUGGUGUCUUGGCUUUCAAUGCCCUUUUGCACCUCCCUUUCUUCAUGUGUUCAAUACUUUUUCCCUUUUUCAUUCCAUUUUAUUACACGUAACUGAAUUGAUGCACCUAUUGGUUUAGUUUUCUUUGUAUGUAUGGAUUACUUGGGUUGUUACCAACAUCUGGUGAAAAUAUUUCAAGUCAACAGCACCUUUGGAAAUAUAUUUACUCGUGAUCAAUCCUUAUUUUACCCAGUGUAUGUACAUAUAUUUGUAAAACAAAAUGGAUAUUGUCAUCAUUAUUGUCUAUUUUGCUUCCUUUCCUCUUAAUCAACGUCACAAAGUUUUCAGAUAAACAUGCCAGAGUCAUUUGACUAUGACCUCACUCCUCCAGAGAGACUGAGAGCGCAUGCGCGCACACAGCAUUACGCUCCCAUUAUGUUCCAGGGCCAGUGUUCAGUUGGCCCGUUUCCCUGUUUCUGUCGAGGAGGAGCCCUACUAUGGCAAAGGCCGUGCGCGCGCUUCAGGUUCUUCGGGAAGCGCCCAGGCGCGUGACCUAUAAGGAAAGCUUCGCCAUCCCACAGUUCGCCAGCUCGCUCCCGCCUUCUUACUGACCGAGAGCCUUCAGCUAAUCAGACGGCAGCGUAACGCUACGUGUGUAAUAUUCAUGAGGCGAGCCUUCGCCAUAGUACGGCUGUUACAGUGGCCGCGCGGUCGGGCAGCAGUGGCCGCAUUUCUCCAGUGUGUCUGACCGCAGAAGGGAGUUUCUGUUGCGGCGCUCCCGGUCCGAGGCUUGAAUGAGGUUGAUGCUGCUCUGUUGCACCUGGAAGGACGAACGCAUGGGAGAGGAGGAAGCCGGUGGGAGCUUGCCGGAGUGUGCGGGCUGCAGACAGCACAUCUAUGAUGAGCAGUACCUACAGGCCCUGGACACGGACUGGCACACGCUGUGUUUCAGGUGUUGUGAGUGCGGGGCGUCUCUCUCACACUGGUACUAUGAGAAGGACGGCCGUCUCUUCUGUAAGAAGGACUACUGGGCUAAAUUCGGGGAGUUGUGUCAUGGCUGUUCAGAGCCCAUCACCACCGGACUCAUCAUGGUGAGUCCAAUCCGUCAGAAACCCAAUCUCUGCCGUCUCUCCUCACCCCACAGUCCUGCUGUCCAUCCGUCCAUCCUACGGUUUCUCACAGCCGCUCCGGUUACACGAUUCUCCGACAAUUCUCCAUUCGCACGGUUACUGCUGCCGUAUCACACGUGAGCAAAUCAACAGCACUCUUGUGUGCGUUCAUGAAAGAGCUGCUAUCUAUAAUUCAGACGCAGCGUUCAUGAAGGGAACGUUUGUGUGGCCUCUUGUUUUAAAGCAUGCACUGCUGGCUGUAUUAUUUAGUGUUUCUACAAGAGCAAGAGCUGUUUAUUUGACAAGAGUCGUGUAAAUCAUUCAUAACUCGUUGAAUUCCUUCAUUGUGCCUGAAUCUUCACGUUAACUCUUUUGCAUCCAGCCUUGGCAUAGCACAUC